CUCAUUAUAUUUGUUUUAGUAUUAUCUAUAUGUUUGAAGAUUUAACAGAAACAAAACUUUAUAAAAUACACCAUACUUUUUAUAUAUCUACAUAGUUUCUCCCUACCUUUACAUCCACUUUCACCCCUCCAUUUCCCCUACUUUAUCUUACAUUUUAAAAAACAAUAUUUUUACUUACAUAUUUUUAUAAAUUAUAAAGCCAUACAAAAUCAUGGUGCCAUACUUCAUGACUCCAAUCAUUUACGGGGUGUUCCUCCCCUGACCUUAAAUUUAAAAGAAAAAAUUAAAGAAACUGAGAAAAUUGAAUGUUUACCUUUGACUUAACAACCAAAAAAUCCCAAAAAAAUCAAAUAAUUCUAAUUCAUCUUGAGGGAUUUCAUUCUGGAAUUCUUCUCUAUUUAAAAGUAUAAUUUUAAUUGCAACACUUUGUGGGUAAAACUGUUUUCCAUUGCAAAAAAAUAAGUUUUCCAUAGUCACUACAAGAAACAAAUACGGUUUUAGUUUAUUAUCAUUGCACAUACGCCUUUUCGAGCGGCGUUCAGUUUUCCGUCCGACCUUGAAGAUCGGUGAAGGUAUAAAGGAGGCGAAGGCAUCGCUCACAAUCAAUUGUUCUUAUCAUUUAGUGGUGCUUCCCUAGAUAUUUAUUAAGGUAAUUUUCUUAGAUUUUUUAAUUCUUAGAUUACAUUAUUUUAGUAUUAGUAAAAUUUUAUUAAAUUCGAGAAUUAACAUUAUUAUUUUUUAAUAUAAAUUUGAUUAAAUAAGCUUGGUGAUUUUUUUUAAAAUCAAUUGUAUACAUCUCACCGCUGUUGCGCUAAAAUUAGUUUAUAUAAGCCUUAGAUAUUUUUAUAAAUUUAAUUGUUUUAGACUAAAUUCAAGAAUAAUCAUCAUUUUUUAAAGAAUACUUUGUAUAGAUUUUUAAAUUUAAUUGUUUAAACUUCAUUCUAAGAAUAUUAUUACCAAUUCUGACUACCCUAAUUUUAACUAUUCCAACUAUUAUAUUUUAGCAUGUCAAUAUUUUCCGAUUUGGUUCGCCACAUCGCUUCCAUAUUGGGGCUUUUAACGUCUCGAUAUGACGAGAAAGUGGCUCAGAAGGGGCUACGUGAGUGUGCAUUGGCGAUGCGUCGGCUAACCCGUGCUCUAAAAAGUGCAAAGACAAUUGGGGAAAAACAAAAAAUUGCAUCGUGCAUGCGGAGUAUUAAAAGUCAUAGAAACCAGCUGAAAGUUAUGCAAAAGAAGGGGGCAGGGCUAAAAUCAAGACCUGAAACUGCAUGGAAUCGUGUACGUUGGGAUGAUUCAGAGUCAGCUUUCGAAAGUAGAAUACGAACAGGCGUCAUAUCCAACCUUAAACAUAAGGAUCCAAGCUCUUUUUUGGAGGACUGCAAAGCUUUGUUCAGGAGACGUAUUAUUAACGCUUUAAAAAAGGACUCUGCAGUCAAGGUCAAUGCUAUCUUUUGUGGGGAAUUCGAAAUAGUGAAGGGGGAUAGUGUACAGAACGAGUACAAGUACUUCACUACUUCAAACUCGGCGAUCUAUCGGGACACAAACUUGAAUGAGUGGUUUGAUAACCACAUCACAGCCCCUAUUAUGACAGAACUAGAGGAGUUCCAAGAACGGGACAGCGGGUGGGGUCUUAAGAAGGUGGUUAACUUGGGGGUUAAUAUUAAUAAGUAUAUCCCACAGCUUGGAUCAUCAUACAUCGAGUUGCCUCCUCAAAUUAGGAAAAAGCAUGCUUGCGUCAACGUUAAAAACGAUGAUGAGGCUUGUUAUGCUUGGGCUGUUACGUCGGCUCUCUAUCCUGUUUCUUCAGAAAAAAAUAACCCAGGCCGUUUAUCAUUAUAUCCGCACUAUUCAUCUGUCCUUAAAUUAAAAGGAAUCCAAUGGCCUAUGACAAUGAAGCAGAUCCCCAGCUUUGAGAAGCAGAAUGAUGUUUCAAUCAAUGUUUAUAUAUUGCAAAAGAAAAAGGCAAAAUUUAUUACUCUGCCCUCUUAUCUGACUAAAAAUAAGAAAGAAAGACAUGUAAAUCUUUUACUUAUUCAGGAUAGCUAUGAUGAUGAGGCUCCGACAAAGUAUCACUUUGUUUGGAUAAAAAAUAUGUCCCGACUUCUAUCAACUCAAUUAAGUAAAGAACAUGGUCAAAAAUACUUCUGUGAUCGAUGUCUACAUUAUUUCCGUUCGCAAGAUAAACUUGCUAAGCAUAUUGAGGACUGUGUUAAAAUUAAUGAGACGGCCAUAAAGAUGCCUGAACCAGGGAAAAACAUUUUAAAAUUUAAAAAUCAUAAGAAUAAGAAGAAGGCGUUCAUUGUAUAUGCUGAUUUGGAGAGUGUUCUGGAACAUACAGAUAAUCCCAAGAAGCCUCAACAUCACUUUCCAGCUGCCAUUGGAUACUAUUUGAAAUGUUCAUAUGAUGAUAGUAUCUCUUUUUAUAAAGGUUAUCGCGGGCAGGACUGUAUGACGUGGUUUGCUGGUGAGAUGAAUAGUUUAGCUGAAGAUUUAGCAACUGUGUUUUGGUGCCCCUAUGAUAUUAAUAUGACGUUCACUCAAGAACUCAGCUUCCGUCAGGCAAAACACUGUCAUAUAUGCGACCAACCUUUUACACCUGAGGAUAAGAAAGUUAGGGAUCACAACCAUCUAAUUCCCGAAAAUAAUUAUCGUGGAGCCGCCCAUGAAUCAUGUAACAUUAAUUAUAAAGAUAGUUAUACUGUGCCUGUUGUCUUUCAUAACUUAUCGGGAUACGAUGCACACUUUAUUAUAACAGACAUAGCUACGAGAAUGAAGGGAUCUAUCGAUCUGCUACCCAUUACUAAGGAAAAAUAUAUUUCCUUCACCAAACACAUCGAUUACUACCCAAUUCAAUUUAGAUUUAUAGACUCCUUCAGAUUUAUGGCUUCUUCUUUAGAUAAGUUGGCUUCAUAUAUGUCAGAGUUCCCUAACUUGAAAUCUCAGUUUGCUGAUGUGUCAGAGGAGAAAUUUUUCCAGCUCACAAAGAAAGGAGUAAUGACGUAUAACUAUAUUGACUCGUUUGCACGUUUUGGUGAAACUCAAUUACCAGAUAUCGAUAAAUUAUUUAAUAAGUUGGAGAAUAAGCCCUGUCCCCGAAGACACUAUCUAAGAGCUCAACAUGUUUGGACUACGUUUAGCUGUCAAGAUUUAGGUCAGUAUGUGGAUCUUUAUAUGAAAACUGACAUCAUGCUUCUGGCUGACGUUUUCGAGCAGUUUCGUACCACUUGCAUUAAAACUUAUGGCUUGGAUCCUGCACACUAUUAUACUUUACCAGGAUUUACGUGGGAUGCUAUGCUUAAGUAUACUAAGCAAGAGUUGGAGCUGCUUACUGAUCUAGACAUGUUCCUCUUUGUUGAGAAGGGGAUUCGUGGCGGGCUUAGUCAAGUAUGCAGUAAGCGAAAAGCUAAGGCGAACAAUAAAUAUGUUGGCAACUAUGACCCCAGCAAGCCUCAUACUUUCCUAAUGUAUUUUGACAUAAAUAAUCAGUAUGGAUGGGCGAUGUCGCAGCAUCUUCCAUAUGGCGGAUUUGAAUGGGUGGAUUCAAAUCUUGAUGUCGCCCAAGUCCCUGAUGAUGCUUCCGAAGGGUAUAUUUUAGAGGUAGAUCUCGAGUAUCCUCACCAUCUACAUGAUCCCCACAAGGAUAUUCCAUUCUGCUCAGAGCACAUCAACCCUAAGACCGGUGAGCCUCCUAAGGACGCGAAAGAGAUAACCAAACUGAUGGCUACAUUGAGUGAUAAAAAGAAGUAUGUAAUUCAUUAUCGGGCCUUAAAACAAGCGUUAGCUAACGGUUUGGUACUUAAGAAAAUUCAUCGUACACUCAAAUUUAAGCAGUUUCCGUGGUUGAAGGCCUACAUAGACCUUAACACUGAGCUUCGUAAGAAAGCUGCGAAUGAGUUCGAGAAGAAUCUCUUUAAGUUGUUGAACAAUGCGGUUUUUGGUAAAACCAUGGAAAACAUUCGUAAAAGGGUCAACAUCCGCCUUUUGACUCAGUGGUUAGGACGUUACGGAGCUGAGGCAUAUAUAGCGAAGCCUGAAUUUAAGAGUUGCACCAUAUUUAAUGAAAAUCUGGUAGCUGUAGAACUCCGAAAACUAAAAAUAUUCCUAAACAAACCAGUAUAUGUGGGGCAAGCUAUCCUCGACUUGGCGAAAACUACCAUAUACAACUUCCACUAUGACUAUAUGGACAGUCUCAUAUACGAGCUAUAUCAAGAUCCGUAUGAAGUUAUUCGUCAGGAUUGCCUUCAGUACUUUGAUACGUCAGAUUAUCCUGUUGAGGAUCAGUAUGGCAUCCCCCAGGUCAAUAAAAAGGUGUUGGGUAUGAUGAAAGAUGAGAACAAUGGCAUCCUGAUGACGGACUACGUAGGUCUUCGGUCGAAAUUAUAUGCAACUAAGACGCAAACAACUGCCGCUGAAAUUGCGCGAAAAAGAAAAGCCCUACAUGAAGAGGGCUUUGAUGAUGAUGAGGUUAAUGAAAUCAUUAAAAAUUUUGGUGUCAUCAAAAAGGCCAAGGGGGUUAAAUCUUCUGUUGUUAAAACGAAGAUUACAUUUGAUGAUUAUGUGGAGUGUCUCGAUAGUUUUAAACAAAAGAUUGUUGAACAAAAUUUAAUACGGUCCAAGAAGCAUCAGGUGCACUCUAUAACACAACAGAAAAUUGCUCUUUCAUCUGAGGAUGAUAAACGGUAUCUUAUCCCUGGAACAGAUGAGACGCUGCCAUGGGGGCAUUAUAAUAUAAUAUUUAAAAAUUAG